AUGUCCCUGGGCACUGCAUCAACUGCCAUGCUGCGCCGCACACUUCUCAGUGCGCGCCGAGCCACAUCCACUACGGAGUCCUGCACCCGCACUAUCAAGCCUGUAGUAUUCAGCGCGGUCCGCCGCAUCUCCAGCAACACCCGACUUCCAACCCUAACAGCCUCGGAGACUCGUCGACGCCCGACCGUCCGCCUACACCAGCCGCGGGCUUCACAAACGCCCCUGUAUCCGAGCAGCAAACGGACGAUCUUCAUCCAGACCGAAAAUACCCCCAACCCAGAUGCUCUCAAAUUUAUCCCCAACCACCGCGUCCUGCCCGAAGACUUCCCCACCACCUUCCUGGAGUAUCUCUCUCCGCGCGCGACGCUCGCUCCGCCGCACCCAUCCCCGCUGGCCGCGAAGCUCCUCGACGUCGAGGGCGUCACGUCCGUCUUCUACGGCGCGGACUUCAUCACCGUCAGCAAGGCCAGCGAUGCGCAGUGGGCGCAUAUUAAACCCGAGGUAUUCAGCAUCAUCACGCAGGCCGUGACGUCGGGCGAGACGCUCGUCGCCACCGUGGAGAAUGUCGGCGCCGAGAGCGCGCAGGAGGGCGGUGGGGCGGACUCGCUUGUUUACAAUGAGGAGGAUGAUGAGGUCGUUGGCAUGAUUAAGGAGUUGCUGGAGACGCGGAUUCGGCCGGCGAUCCAGGAAGAUGGCGGGGAUAUCGAGCUGCGCGGGUUCGAGAAUGGGAUUGUGUUGCUGAAGCUACGGGGCGCGUGUCGGACGUGCGACUCGAGUACGGUGACACUGAAGAAUGGGAUUGAGUCGAUGCUGAUGCAUUAUAUCGAGGAGGUCCAGGGUGUUGAGCAGGUCAUGGACCAAGAAGAGGAGAUCAGCAUGCAUGAGUUUGCGCGGUUUGAGGAGAAGCUCCGCCAGCAGAAGGGGGCUGGGGCGACAGCCAGUAGCCCGCUGGAUAGUGCACCGCAGUAG